AUGAGCCAGCAAUAUCGCGCGUCGCAACAACAGCAAGUGCGGGCCAAGAAGAAGGAGGAAGACCCUACUGAUUUCAUGCGACUGUCCGAAAAAGAAAUCGCAUCAUGUAUCAGUGAAAUGGGAAUCCCAUUUCAGCCCUCCGACCUUAUGAAACCUAAUCCUCAAGUCAUCCAAAUGGUCUUCGAACAUCUCGGCGAACUUGUCAUGAAUGCGACUAGAGAUUCCAUAGACCCUGCCAUGCGUGCUGCGGCCGAAGAUAUCUGCGCCGAAUUUCAUGAGCUAGUUCCUACCGAAACAAGACUUCUUAUGGGUUUCUUUGUUCAGCUGCGAACUAUGCUGGAGCAAUGCGGGAUCAACGAUUUUUCGUUCAAUGACCUCGUCCGACCCACUCACGAUCGUCUGGUCAAGAUCUUCUCAUACACCAUCAAUUUUGUCCGAUUCCGAGAAACACAUACGAGCGUAAUAGAUGAGAACUUCAACAAGGCAGAAAGCACAAAGACCCGAAUCGAGACUUUGUAUGCGGAGAAUCAGGACAUGGAACAGAGAUUAGAAGAGAUGAAACGCAACAGGAAAGCAAUGGAAGUGGCUGUCAAAGAGAAGAUGCGAAGGAACGAUGAAUUGAAGGCCCGCUUGCUCGAACUGCGUAAGGGACAGGAAAGAGUUGCGGAGCAGCUUGAGCGAGCAAAGGCCGAAAAGUCUCGGUCGCAAGCAAUCCUGGAGGACAAGACCGAAAGGCUUGUACGAACACGACAAGAAAGCGAGAAGCUAAGGCCAUACGUGCUGCAGAGCCCUGCUGCUCUGCAGAAUGCCUUGACAGAGCUGUCCGAAAACCUAUCCCGUGAAAAGAGCCAGAUUGAUCUCUUGGAGCGCAGGACUCGUGCUCUCCAAACUUCCAGUGAUAGUUUCACGGUGGUUCAAAAUGAUGUGCAGGCCUGUGUCAAAGUCCUCGAGGAGAUUGCCGUGGAACUUCAGAAAGAGGAAGAGGAAGAUGCACGGGCAGCAAAGAAUCGAGAUGCUCUUGCAGAGCGUGGCAACAAUGUUCGUGAAGUGGAGCAGAAUGAGAAACUCCUUCAACGACAGCUCAAAAAGUGGGAAGAACGGACAGAAGAAUUACGGCGGAAGCAUAAGGAGCGAGAUGAAGCCAACAAAGCAAAAAUGGACGAAUUACGGGACGUACAAAAGCAGCUUCGAGACGAGAGAGCUGAAAAAGGUCGAGAAAUGGAGAGAAGGAGAGUGAGGAUUGAGCAGACAGAGAAAAAGAUGGCUGACCUCAAGGACAACAUUGAAAAUGAAGUCCACUCGGCCCACGAGGAAUACCUGAAACUGGAGUCGCAUAUCAAGUUGUAUAUCACAGAAAUGGAGCAAAGUAUAUAG